GUGAGGCCACCUUGCAGCUGUGGAGGCAGGAUGAAGCUCUUUGCCCUCUUCUCUCUUUUGCCCUCUUUGCUCUGUGUGGCACACAGCAACAGCCUGGACUCGUGUCAGGGUCGUUGUGGUUUUGGAACCAGCAGCAGUUUCUCCUGUCAGUGUAAUCCGUCCUGUGAGCGCUUCAAGGACUGCUGUUCCGACUAUGUUCAACUUUGCAAAGCUGGAGCCGCAUCUUGCACAGGCCGAUGCGACGAGAAGUACAACUCUGAGAACAAGUGCCACUGCAACUCCAAGUGCACUCAGUACAGCAACUGCUGCAGCGACUAUCAGCACGUGUGCGACGGUGAUGCAGGAGGCGCUUCGGUCAUCACUGACGCUGAGAUCAAGUCCGUCUCAGAGGCACUUUACGCUCUGGACUCAAACCGGGCCUCGCCCUCAGAGUUGGUGAUGGACUCCCAGGCUCUGGUCCCAGGUUCUGAGAGCGGCUCCCAGUCAGACCUUGCCUCUCGCCCUCUUUUCCGCUACCUGGACGAGGGGUCCCUGUUCUCCCGGCCCACCUACGCCGCCCUCCUGGCUCUGCUGGACAACUACAACAGGAUGACGGGGCACGCGGAGGACGUCACACCCGAGGAGACGGCGGAGCAGGACAGCUUCCUGAAGGAGACCAUGUCCAACACGGAGCUGGGCCGGGAGCUCUUUGCCUUCUUAUAUACCAAAGGUGUCUACACAUCGGAGAAGGACUUCCUGCACGACCUGAAGAUGAUGUGGUUUGGUCUGUACUCCCGGAACAACAGGAAAAUGGACUCCAGUGGCUUUGAGCACAUUUUUGCAGGUGAGAUCAAGGGAGGGAAGGUGUCCGGCUUCCACAACUGGAUCCAGUUUUAUCUUCUGGAGAAGAGAGGACUGCUGAAUUACUACAGCCACAGCUUCAACGGGCCUUGGACAAACUACCCGGAUGUGCUGGGCAUGCAGUUCAUGUGGGACGGCUACUUCAAGCAGGUGGGCUCCGCAGUCAUUGGCUGCAGCCCCGAGUUUGACUUUGCCAUGUACACUUUGUGUUACAUCACCCGACCUGGGAAGCAAUGUCGUCUGAGUCUGGGAGGAAAGGAGCUGAUCAUCCAAACGUACACGUGGGACAACUCUUCCUACGGGGACGGGAAGAAGUAUAUUGGCACCGCUUAUCCCGCAACACCCAGGAGCUGAAGCCAUGCAGGAGUCUACUUUAUAUAAUUGACUGAUUAUGUAAAUCAGGGGUGUCCAAACUUUUUAAUUUGGGGGCCGCAUUGGGCUUUAAUAAUGUGUCCGGGAGCCGAAAGGUGACUGCAUGUAAAGUAAAUACAUGAUAAAUAUAUAUAUUAGGGCUGUGAAUCUUUGGGUGUCCCACGAUUCCAUUCAAUAUCGAUUCUUGGGGUCACGAUUCCAUUCAAUAUCGAUUUUUUUUUUUUCAAUUCAACACGAUUCUCGAUUCUAUAAUUGUAAAGGACAAUGUUUUAUCAACUGAUUGCAAUAAUGUAAAUUUGUUUUAACAAUUAAAUUGAAAUGAUUAAUUAAAAAAAAAAAAAAAAAAAAAGAUAAAUUAAUAAAAAAAAUUAAAAAUUGUAAUUGAUUUUUCAAAAAUGAAAAAUCUGAAUUGCACAACGUGAGAAUCGCGAAUCGAAUUCGAAUAGAUUUUUUCCCACACCCCUAAUAUAUAUAUAUAUAUAAUACAUUUUAAAAAUGCUACAAAAAUAAUCUGUGA